GGUACCAUAGACACAAUGACAGAAAGGAACGAAACUGUCAUCUCCCAGUUCCUCCUCCUGGGCCUGCCCAUCCCUCCAGAGCACCAGCAACUGUUCUAUGCUAUUUUCCUGGUCAUGUACCUCACCACUGUCUUGGGGAACCUCAUUAUCAUCAUCCUCAUAAUACUGGACUCCCAUCUCCACACACCCAUGUACUUGUUCCUCAGCAACUUGUCUUUCUCUGACCUCUGCUUUUCCUCUGUCACAAUGCCCAAGUUGUUGCAGAACAUGCAGAGACAAGUUCCAUCGAUUCCCUAUGCAGGUUGCCUGGCACAAAUAUACUUCUUUCUGUAUUUUGGAGACCUUGGAAACUUCCUCCUGGUGGCCAUGGCCUAUGACCGCUAUGUGGCCAUCUGCUUCCCCCUUCAUUACAUGAGCAUCAUGAGCCCCAGGCUCUGUGUGAGUCUGGUGGUGCUGUCCUGGGUUCUGACCACCUUCCAUGCCAUGCUGCACACCCUGCUCAUGGCCAGAUUGUCAUUCUGUGAGGACAAUGUGGUCCCUCACUAUUUCUGUGAUAUGUCUGCUCUGCUAAAGCUGGCCUGCUCUGACACGCGUGUUAAUGAGGUGGUGAUAUUUAUUGUGGUCAGCAUCUUUCUUGUCCUCCCAUUUGCACUCAUUAUCAUGUCCUAUGUAAGAAUUGUAUCUUCCAUUCUUAAGGUCCCUUCUUCUCAAGGUAUCUACAAAGCCUUCUCCACAUGUGGGUCCCACCUGUCUGUAGUGUCUCUGUUCUAUGGGACAGUCAUUGGUCUCUAUUUAUGUCCUUCCAGUAAUAAUUCUACUGUGAAGGAUACUGUCAUGUCUUUAAUGUACACAGUGGUGACUCCCAUGCUGAACCCCUUUAUCUACAGCCUGAGGAAUAGAGACAUAAAGGGUGCUCUGGAAAGAAUCUUUUGCAAAAGGAAAAUUCAACUAAACCUAUAA